CUCCUCCCUCCAUUUCUUAAACCCUUUCCCUUCUCUCGGACUCUCUCCUCCCGUGCUCUUCCUUCCUGGCGGCGACGGCUGGGCGAGCGGCGGCGCUAUUUGUUACGUCUUCGCCCAGCCCUUUGCCGGCGACGAGCAUCCACCAGUUACAAUUAACUUCGAUUUCGUUUGCAAAAACUAUCGGGUGUACAUGUGUACACCCAUGUCCUAUGCUGGGUCCGCCCCUGUCUGUGCUAGUUAAGCUAGAUGGUUUUUACUAGUACUAGUACAAAGGAGCGUUUGAUGUAAUCUGAAAGCUGUGACUUAUUAUCUCUCAGGUGGUCCUUUCCAUGAACUUAUCAAGUAAUCUUGGUCCAUGAGGUGUAGUCUGUGCACAGCUCAUUCCUGCUUCUGCUGGUGCUGUCAAUGUAAGGAGGGGAUCGGCAUCCCUCGUCUAUGCGCCGGGCAGUCCCAGGGUUCCUGCACCGAGCCCUUUUUAUCAGGAGCUACACCCCAGUCUUGUGCCUUUCCUCUCAGGCUUGUUGCUUGAACAGCUCGGAUAAUGAGGAGCCCAGUCGGAAUUUGGCUUAUGAUGAUUAUAGAACUCGGUGUCUACUUCCCUUGAUCACGCUAGCAGUGCGGACUUCGAACUGGGAUGCUGCCAAGAAUAUAAGCUUCAGGGAGUGUGUGAGGUUAUACGGGCUAUCUCGCUCGGUUGGUUUGUUUGCAUUGCUUGUGCAAUCGUUCUUGCCACGGAGAAUAAGUGAGACCCGGUGCUUGAUUCAGAGCAUUGUUGAUUACAGUGGAAAUGCCAGGCAGGAGUUGUUUGAGUUGGCUCCUAUGUUGGUCAGCAAAUUGGGUGGGUCAAUGACACUGUUACAAGUUUAUGCUGCAGUCAUCCGGAUAUUUUUAGAGCUGUCAAUGUUUGAAGAUGCUCUUCUCACUUACAUUGAGGCCAAGAAGUUUGGUGUUGAGCUGCGUUUGUGCAACUUCUUGCUGGUAUCUUUAGUCAAGGGGAAUCAAAUCAUGUAUGCUAGGAGUUUAUUUGAUGACAUGAAGAGUUCUGGGCCUUCACCAAAUGUCUACUCUUACUCAGUUUUGAUGAGUAUGUAUACACAUGGAGAGAGGUUAUGCAUAGAGGAAGCUUUUGAACUUCUUUGUGAAAUGGAAUCGAAUGGUGUCAGACCAAACGCUGCAACAUUUGGAACUUACAUCUAUGGGCUUUGUCGUUCCAGACAGGUAACAUAUGCAUGGGACUUUCUUGAAACUCUUUCUCAGAGUGGGGGCCCUUGCAGCAUUUAUUGUUUUAAUACUGUGAUUCAUGGUUUCUGUAGUGAAGAUCAGGUUCACAAAGCCAUUGAAGUGUUUCAUGGGAUGAGGAAGUAUGGGUUUGUCCCGGAUGUCUACAGCUACAGCAUUUUAGUUGAUGGGUUAUGCAAACAAGGGGAUUUAUUAACAGGUUAUGACAUACUUGAUGAAAUGCUAAGAAAUGGAAUAAAUCCUAGUCCAGUGAGCUAUAGUUCACUUCUGCAAGGUCUUUGCAAGACUGGAAUGGCUCAAUUGGCACUUAAGAUUUUCAAGAACCUUGAAGAGCACGGUUUUCAGCAUGACCGCAUAAAUUUCAGCAUUAUUCUUCAUGGCUGUUGCCAACAUUUAGAUCUCAAGACUGUCUAUGACCUUUGGUUUGACAUGAUUCAUCGUGAUCUUGCUCCAGAUGUUUACAAUUAUACUAGUCUGAUUUAUGCAUUAUGUAGACAUAGAUACCUUCAAGAAGCGUUCCGAAUGUUUGAACUCAUGCUUGAGAAUGGUUUGAGUCCCAACAUCGUGACGUGCACAAUCCUACUGGACAGCUUUAGCAAAGAAGGGCUGGUUGGUGAAGCAUUCCUGUUCCUGGAUAGAAUACAUCAGUCUUUGGGAAUUGUCCCAAACCUUUGCAUGUACAGAGUAAUCAUCAAUGGCCUUUGCAAGAUCAACAAAUCUAGUGAUGUUUGGAAGAUUUUUGCAGACAUGAUAAAGAGGGGUUACAUUCCUGAUGUUGUCCUCUACAGUAUUGUUAUUGAUGGCUUUGUAAAAGCUUUAAAGUUGCAGGAGGCCUUAAGGUUGUAUCAUAAGAUGUUGCAUGAAGGUAUAAAACCUAACAUAUUUACAUAUACUAGCCUCAUAAAUGGGUUGUGUCGUGAUGAUAGACUUCCUGAAGCUAUGGAAUUGAUGAGGUACAUGAUUGGGGAGGAACUGGUACUUGACAAGGUUUUGUGCACAUCUAUCAUUGCUUGCUAUUGUAGGCGUUCAAAUAUGAAGGCUGCUUUGGAAAUGCUCAGAGUGAUGGAAAGAAGUGGUGUGUUACCAGAUGCUUUUGUAUAUACUUGUCUAAUUGAUGGCUAUAGUAAAGUGCUUGCUAUGGAUGGUGCACGCUGGAUGAUGGAAGAAAUGGUAAAAAGGAAUAUUAAACCUACUGUAGUAACCUAUACAGCUCUCAUUAUUGGAUACCUUAAAACAGGGGAUGAGAAAGAAGCUGAAAUGAUGUACAACAGUAUGCUUCAGGCAGGCAUUGCUCCAGAUGGCAAGCUGAGUUGUAUUUUGGGCUUUGGCAACGGCAGGAGUGAUUAUGAUUAUUCUCAGAAAGCGAAGGAUGUAACAUAGAUAUUCACAUAGAACUUUAUUAACUUGAUGAAGGGGCUUCUCUGUGAUGGAGAUGAGCUCACCUAGUGCGCAACAAAAAACUGGCAGUUUAAUCCAUGGACAACACCUGAGGUUGUGAUCAUUACAGCUUGGGCUUUUGAGAAGCAUGGUUGUUACUCUGUUCGAUCGGCCUAUUGACUCUGGCUGCAGAGAAAAUAUCAGCUCAUUACUCUCCUUUGUUCUCUUAUGAAUGUCAUGUUCAAAGCAGGUUUCUCUAGACCAACAACAGCCUAGGACUGAGUUAUCCUCUUUCUUGACUGACCAUCAACCAAUGCGGGUGCAGGGUGAACGGAAGCUCCCCAUAGACCUAUACCACCAAAGACAUGUCUUUACUGGAGACAGCUGCAUGGUUUACAGCCAAUUAGGCACAGUUUACAUAAGUGGCAUAUGCAGAUCCUUGGCCCUGUGGAACAGAGGAAUCCAUCUACCAUGCUCUGAUUAGGUGCCACCUGCACCCACUUGUUCUUGAAGGAGCUGUACACAUACUCCGGUACAGAAUUUCACAUCUACACCCAAGAACUCGCUUGAAAGAUAUCUUGGAUGAUAAUUUUUGUUUGGUGGAGAUGGUAGCUUUGUUUUGCAGAAUGUGAGAAAUCUGGACUGCAGAAAUAAGAAAGAAGCAUUGGCGGUGUAGAAGCCAGAGCUUGCUGUCAAAUGGACUCAGGAAGAGCAGCUGCCAACUCACUGAAAAAUGGCAGCUAAGCCAAGCAAAAAUAGGAAGCAAGAAAUGGAAGUGGAAGUGCAGCGAGAAUCACCACAUGGAGCAAUUUUGCCCUCCAGCUCAUCCACUGGGGUAGCAGGUGUCAUCAUUUAUGACUGCAGUUGAGGCCUCUCGCAGGUUCAUGCCGACUUGAUAAUUCCUGAUGUGCCAAAGGUGGAUGCGCUCGCUUGCAGGAAUUCUGUGAAACUGCACAGAAUCUCAAGCUGCAGAAGAUUAGUUGAAACUGAACAGUGGUGACUGUGUGAGGCGGUGGAAAGAACAAGUUGACCAGGCAUCGGCAUCAUUCUGGAGAAAAUUAAGGGGAUUAGCUAGUGUUUUGAUGAUUGCAUUGUUUUCCUAUGCAAUAUGUUCAAUGUAAUAAAAUAAAAGCUGAGCUGAGCCUGUUUCUAAAGAAAGAUUGAAGGCAAGCUUUUGAUUGCUCUCGCAUCUAGAGUCUAUAGCAUGGACUCUGGUACGCACUGAAAUUGGGACGCUGAUAGUUCCGCCUGCCCUCUUCGCUGAUAGUUCCGCACUUUGGUGAGCAAGCUUUGAGACCCACAUUCAGAUUGUAGACUAAGAAUGUAAAGUAUUACAGAUUGCAGAACAUUUAGUCUUCUUUUU